AUGUCGCAACCGAAAGCAUCGUCCAAAUCCAAGUCGUCGUCAAGCAAGGACACUUCCAAGAUCCACAAGCUUGCUCUGAAGGGCUCGUCCAAAGUCGUCAAUGAAUUUUUCGAAUACUCCAUCAACACGAUUCUGUUUCAGCGAGGCGUGUAUCCGGCGGAGGACUUUACUGCAGUUAAGAAAUAUGGACUGACGAUGAUGGUUACCGCCGACGACCAGGUCAAGGCGUAUAUCAAGAAGAUCAUGUCGCAACUGAAAGAGUGGAUGUAUGGCGGCAAGAUCUCGAAGUUGGUGGUCGUAAUCACGAGCAAGGAAACCGGCGAGCAUGUGGAGCGAUGGCAAUUCGACGUGCAAAUAUUCGGCAAGAACUCCAGGAGUAGGUCGUCAAAGAAGACCGCCGACAAGGAAAACUCUGCUCCAGAGGCAGGGAACGAAGCCCAGGACGAGAAGACAGAAGCGGAGAUCCAGGCUGAGAUUCAAUCCAUCUUCCGCCAAAUUACCGCCUCUGUUACCUUCCUGCCAAUGCUCGACGGCAACUGCACCUUCAACGUGCUCGUCUACGCCGACGCAGAUUCAGAGGUGCCUCUCGAGUGGGGCGACAGCGACGCCAAGGAGAUCAAGAACGGCGAGAAAGUACAGCUGAGAAGCUUCAGCACGAGCAACCACCGAGUGGAUACACUUGUGAGCUACAGGCUCGCGGAUUGA